AUGCUAAUUGACACAGGGUCAGCUGUAACCCUUAUUUCAAAAGAAAUUUUUGAUCUGGUCGGUUUUAGUGAACAUCAGUUAGAAAAAGUUACAAAUGAACUUAAAACCGCCGACGGAGAACCGUUACAAGUUUAUGGGAAGACCGAAGUUGAGUUGUCAUUAGAAAAUAAAUCAUUUAUCACACCAGUUAUUGUUGCUGAAUUGGGAGGACUCUCUGGAAUCCUUGGGCUAGACUUUUUGUCUAAAAAUGAAGUUUUAUUUGAUGUGGGGAAGGGAAUUUUAAUAUUUUCAGAUUUCAAAGUAAAACUUGAAAGUGAACACAGUUUAGGAUGUGCACGAGUUUAUCUCGCAGAUGACAUAACCAUUUCUGGUCAGUCAGAAAAAUUUGUAGAGGGUAGUAUAGGAAAUUCAAAAUUUAUGAGUUCAGAGGGUGUCGUUGAACCUAACACUGGUGGUGACCUAAAUCAAGGAAUAUUAAUUCCAAAAUCAAUUGUAAAUAUCAGGGAGGGUAAAUUCGUUUUCUCCAUCCUCAAUACAAAUUCUGAGUCUAUAGAACUCAAGAAAAAUACGCCUGUUGCGACAAUUCAAGGUUUCUCAAAUUUUGUUGAAUGUGAUUUCAAUGGAAACAAAAUGACAAAAGUUGACACUAAUGAAAUACAGACCAGUGAGGUACCUGAUCAUUUAAAAGUUAUGCUUGAGAAUAUCUCAACUGAGCUCACCGUUGACGAAAAAAAUAAGUUAGCCUCGGUUUUAUACCGAUAUAUUGACGUGUUCGAGAGUUCAGAUGGAAAGUUUGGUCGUACUAGCAAAGUCACUCAUACAAUAGAUACUGGUAAUAAUAAACCAAUCAAAUUACCCUUUAGCUCAGCGAGAAAUAGCUGA